AUUUCUACGCCAGCAAAAGUUCAGGCUGCUCAAAUCUGUCGGAAUUGGACAUAUCUCAUGUUCCAAGAUUACUUAAUCCCUACAGAAAAGCCCAGGGCCUAUAGGACUACAACACUUACGAAGGAUUGCAAUCACUCAUACCGAGACAAGUGUUACUACCAAUGGUGCUAACAACUAAUUUAGUAUUACUUAGUGAAAGGAGCAUUGAUCCCUAGGUAACUUGUUUUUCUUAUUCUGAAGGGCAUUGUGGUUAGUUCUAUUUUUCCUCUAUCCAUCAUCCUGUGACCAGGUAAAAUAUUACUAAACAUAUCUCUGUUGGCGUAUCCUAAAAUAAUUUUAUGUAUCUUAUGUGCAAAGCCCCUUAUUACUUGAGAAACAUAAGAUGAUCUUAUGACCAGGUAAAUGUAGAAAAGUGAUUGAGAACAUUGAAAAGAAAUUUGUGGCAUUUGUCCUUUUCCUUUCAGAGAAUGAGGAAAGGCAGGACACAACAGAGAAUAUGUAGUAGGAACUAAGCACCCUAUUUAAUUAAGAGUAUCUUCACUUCAUAUAAUUAUGAGGCAAUAUUAUAACUUCCCUCCUGCAUAGAUAACCAAGAUUGUAUCUUUUGCAAGCUAUAUUCCCAAAUGGAUAGCAAAAGCAAACCAUGCUUCUCUCUUCCUCCUUUUUUCCCCUCCUUUCUCUUCUUCUUCUUCUUCUUCUUCUUUUCCCUCAGAACUCAUCUCUCUUUACCAACUGAUUCUCUCUCUUUCGGCCAAUCUCUCUCUGGAAAACAAACUCUGAUCUCCAAAGAAGGCAACUUUGAGUUGGGUUUCUUCUCCCCAUCCACCUCCAACAACAACUUUUACAUAGGCAUCUGGUACAAAAAACUCCCAACUCAAACUAUCAUCUGGGUUGCAAAUAGAGAUGCCCCUAUAUUCAAGACUUCAUCUGCAGAGCUAAAAGUCUCAGAUCAAGGCAACCUAGUGCUGCUUAACGGCUCCAAAUCUCCGAUUUGGUUGUCCAGUUCGACGCCCUCAUACUCCAACGCCACUUCAGCGGUUCUCCUCGAUAGCGGCAAUUUCGUUCUCACAAACAGUGUGAAUUCAUCGAUCAUAUGGCAGAGCUUCGACCAUCCGGGCGAUACUUGGAUGCCGGGUGGAUGGCUUGGGUUUAACAAGAUUACCGGAGAGUAUCUAAGCAUCACUUGUUGGGAAAACCCCGAAAACCCUGCCCGUGGUCCUUUUUCUGAGAGCUUGGACCCAGAUGGAUCAAACCAAUAUGUUCUACUGUACAAUGGGUCUCAAGUAUAUUGGAGUAGUGGGCUAUGGAAUGGCCAAUACUUCUCCUCAGUUCCCGGAACUGCACAACAAACUGUGUUUAACUUCACCUUCGUUGACAACCGAGAGCGAAAGUAUGCUAUGUAUACAAUUACAGAUAGCUCGGUGAUCACUCGCUUUGUGGUGGGCUCUUCAGGGCUAGGGCAGCAAUUUCUUUGGCUAAGUAAUAGACAAGAGUGGCAGCCAGUGUUUACUCAACCUCUAUCUCAUUGUGAUGUGCCCUCGCUUUGUGGACCUUUUGGGCUUUGCGACCUGGAAAGCCCGAGCCUUUGUCGAUGCCCCCAGGGGUUUGAGCCAGUAUUAAAUGAGGAAUGGGAGCUAAAUGAUUGGAAUUUGGGGUGUAAAAGGAAAACCCAGUUGAAAUGUGGGACUAAAUCAAACUUGAACAGAGAAGGAGAAGAGAGAGACGAGUUUUUUAUGAUGAUUAAUAUGAGAUUGCCGAGUAAUGGAGAGAAAUUAAUGGUUAGAAGUGCUGAGGAGUGUGAAAUGGCUUGUUUGAACAAUUGCUCUUGUAGUGCUUAUUCUUUGGAUACCAGUUGUUUGAUCUGGACGGCCAAUCUUCAAAAUCUUCAGCAGUUAUACAGUGGUGAUCAUGGAGGUGGUACAGUUUAUCUCCGACUCGCUGCAGCUGAUCUUCCUAGUACAAACAAUUCACACAAAGUAAAAACCGUUGUUAUAGUAAGCUUAGUCGGCGGUCUACUUGGUAUAGUCAUUGUUCUCUUUGGACUAAUUUGGUUAUGCAGACGUUGGAGGAAGUCUCAAAUAGUGAGCAAAGUGGAGGGCUCUUUGAUUCGAUUCUCAUAUGGUGAUUUACGGCACGCCACGAAGAACUUCUCAGAGAAGCUUGGCGGCGGCGGCUUUGGCUCGGUAUUCAAAGGAGCACUUCCGGACUCGACGCAAGUAGCUGUGAAGAAGCUCGAGGGAUCCAGACAAGGCGAAAAGCAGUUCCAGGCGGAGGUGCUUACUCUUGGAGCCAUCCAACACAUUAAUCUUCUCCGCCUCCGCGGCUUCUGCUGUGAGAGAAGCCAGAGGCUUCUAGUCUACGAGUUCAUGCCGCACGGAUCCCUAUAUUCCGUUUUGUUUAAAAUGGACUCCAAUAUCAUGCUAAGCUGGAACAUGCGCUAUAGAAUAGUUCUUGGAAUUGCAAGGGGAUUAGCGUACCUUCACGACAAGUGCCGAGAGUGCAUCAUACACUGCGACAUAAAGCCAGGUAACAUACUUUUGGAUGCCGACUUCAAAGCAAAAGUUGCAGACUUUGGCAUGGCCAAGCUUAUCGGUCGCGAUUUUAGCCGAGUCUUAACGACAAUGAGGGGGACAAUCGGGUACUUAGCUCCCGAAUGGAUUUCGGGUCUACCAAUUAGCCCGAAAGUGGACGUUUAUAGCUUUGGCAUGAUGCUUUUCGAGAUAAUAUCCGGUCAGAGGAAUAGUACGCACUUUGAGGAGGGCAGUAAGUACUACUAUCCUUCAUGGGCCGCGCAAAAAGUGAUCGAGGGCGACGAGAAGUGCUUGUUGGAUAGCAGAUUGGGUGGCGAAGCCGAUUUGGAGGAGGUGAGAAGGGCUUCUAGAGUGGCUUGUUGGUGUAUUCAGGAUGCAGAGAUGGACAGGCCAAUAAUGGGGCAGGUGGUGCAGAUCUUAGAGGGGGUUUUGGAGGUGGAUGUGCCGCGGAUUCCGCGGUCUCUUCAGCACUUAAUGGAGGAUCAAAUCUCACACAUGUAUGAUGAUGUGUCAUCUGUUGCAGAGCAGGGUGCAAGUGAGAGCUCUCAAGGGGGAUACAAAUAAUGACUUCAACAGAAACAUCAGUAUACGUUGCACUGCAGAUAAGAAAUAUAUGCACUAGAGAUUAUAGAAUAGAUCUUCGUCUCUCUCUUUUUUCUUCUUUUUUUUUUUCUUUUUGCGCCUAGCAGAUAAUAAAUAGUCUUUUUUGUAUGUAAAAAGGAGACGUAUUAGAUAAGUUACUCUUGUCUAGCAUUCAAACAAGUCCAGUAGUUUACAACAAAGCCAAGCUUCUUUGGUUGAAGUGCGAGGGGGGAAAAAGCAAAGAAGAAAUAAGAUAGAAUUCCGGUUAAAAGUAAUGAAAUUUGGAGAAGAAGCCCGAAGCAAAAUAGGCAGAAGUUGAGGUGAUGUUUACACAAAAAAUUUCAUGGACCCAUUUCAAAACGUCAUAUUGUUAA